AGAGAAAAUGACUCGUUGGGAGAGCUUUCCAAUAAGCGAACAGGAACAAGCCUACCUAGCUUCAACGAUGACUACAACGACAACAAACGUGGCAACUGCUGCUCAAAACCUUGUCCGCCACAGCCUAGGUGGUUUCAUCCGUCAAGAAGUGUCCGAAACCGGUCAGACUAUCUGCUUCUACCGCUAUAACACAGCCGACACAGCAAUCCCAUACCUUUGCGAACUUGGAUGUUGCAGCCAUGGAUGUUGUACUAUUUCGGAUCUUGCUGCACGCAGUACAUCGUUUGGCUGGGCGAUAGCUCUUCUGGUUAUGGUGCUCAUAACCAUCGUGUUUGCUGUCCUUGCUCUGCUCACCGUUUGGCUCAUGAACCGGCAUAAGGAUCGAAUUCACAAGCAGCACUUAGCAGAGAGUGUUAUUGAGAGCCCGUCAGUUAGUCAAAUAAGUGGCCCAACGUCCUUCUACCCCGAUGUGCAAUUCAACCAUCUCAGUGGUUUCAAGUCAUAUUAACAGCAAUUUUUUGUUGAAUAAUCAACUUUUGGGACAAGAUAAUUAAUUUUCUUUUUUUUAUCGCUAAUCAUUCGAAUCCUCCAGAUUAUCCACAGCCCAAGAGUUUGAGUCUCUUGCCACUCUCGAUUCGUUCUUAAUUCCUUUUUAACUUACAUUUGUGUGUGCAAAAUAUACCAUAAAUUGAGCCAAAAAUU